CAGAAGAUCCUAGAACUCACCCACAAGAUGAUGGAGCUGCUGACUGGAGAGGUUCCUGUAAGGUGUCAGGAUGUGGCUGUCUACUUCUCCAUGGAUGAGUGGGAGUAUAUAGAAGGACACAAGGAUCUGUACAAGGAGGCCAUGAUGGAGGCUCCCCGGCCUCUGACAUCACCAGGUAAGAAGAGACGAGGAAAUCCCAACAAGAACUCUGAGGGAACCACCAAGUUACCACAAGUACAAAAUGGAGCUCUCAUGCCAGACUCUUCAAGAAAAAACCUAAUUGCCGUGCUUGUAUAUCCAGGACAUCUCAUUACAGAUCUGGCACGUAAACCAAGUAGUCAUGGAGAAUCUUCUCCUGAUCAAUCACAGAUUGUUUCCACAAGUCCAGACCUAUCAUCUAAUACCCCUAAUCAUAAAGAACCUUCUCCUAACCAAUCACAAAUUGUUACCACAAGUACACCACAAUCACAUUUUGGAACAUGUAAGGAAACUCAGGCAGAACUGAAGAGAUUUCCCUGUUCACACUGCGGUAAAUGUUGUACAAAUAAAUCAGGUCUUAUUAUACAUGAGAGAAUUCACACAGGAGAGAAGCCAUUUCCAUGUUCAGAAUGUGGGAAAUGUUUUACAAAUAAAUCAGAUCUUGUCAAACAUCAGAAACGUCACACAGGAGAGAAGCCAUUUCCAUGUUCAGAAUGUGGGAAAUGUUUUGUUAGGAAAGCCAAACUGAGGGAACAUCAGAGAGUUCACACGGGAGUGAGGCCGUAUUCAUGUUCAGUAUGUGGAAAAUGUUUUAUGGAGAAAUCACAUCUUAUUCAACACGAUAGAACCCACACAGGAGAGAAGCCAUAUUCAUGUUCUGAAUGUGGCAAAUCUUUUAUAUGUAAAUCAAGCCUUGUUAUACACCAGGCAGUCCACACAGGAGAGAAGCCAUUUCCAUGUUCAGUAUGUGACAAAUCCUUUAGUUAUAAAUCAAAUCUUGUUGUACACCAGAGAUAUCACACAGGAGAGAAGCCGUAUUCAUGUUCUGAAUGUGGGAAAUCUUUUAUUCGUAAUACCAGGCUCAGGGAUCAUCAGAGAAGUCACAGAGGACAGAAACCUUCCUGAUCUUCUAUAUGUGAAAAAUAAAAACUCAUCAGACAAUAAAAUAAAUUCCUGUGUGUAGUGUCUGCAAAAGCAGAUGUAGAACUAGACAUUAAAGGGGUUGUCUCACUUCAUGAAAUUGCAUUCAUCAUGUAGGCAAAGUGAAUACAAGGCUCUUACUAAUGUUUUUUGAUUGUCCAUCUUGCCUCCUUUUCUCUCAUUUCCUGAGGUUACGGCCACUGCUGUGCUGCAGCAGAGAUACAAGGCGGCUGGAAGCUGCUGCGCAUGUGUGCCUAUGCACCGUACCAGCCACCAGAGAGGCCGAAGGUUUUUCCUAUACUGUGCCAGAUUGCAGUAGUGGCCAUCCCUGAAUGUGUCUGGUGUGUAAUGCAAUGAAAAAUUGAAUUAAGAUAGCUAAGGAGGCAAUGUGGACAAUCACAAUACAUUAGUAAGUGCCUUGUAAAAACUUUUGUCUACGUGGUAAAUACCAUUUCCUAAAAGUGAGACAACCCCUUUAAACCACCAAUAAGAGGGUUUAUUUUUGGGUGAAAUAAGCCUGGAUUUGCCAAACACUCAGAUUAUAUUUACCUGAAUCUGGGAUCCAUGGAAGAAAAGAGGAGCAGAGAAGAUGAAGUCCCCAUGGACUUUGCUGCUCUUACUGUAUUCAUACCUCCACCCACACUGCAGGAGACUCCAGAGGGACAUAGUGAAGGAGGAAGGACUCCCCAUGGGGACUUUUAUGUAACAUGUGGACAUAUUGAUAUUUGAUCUUCAUUCAUACUGUAUAUAAUGAUAAAGGUGAUGGAAAUACGAUAAAAACUAUAAUAAAUAGAAUUUAAAAUCAUUUG